AUGUCGACGAAUGUGCCAAUAAAUCGCAUGACUGUGACGUCAAUGCCUACUGCAACAAUACCGUUGGUUCCUAUCGAUGCAUCUGUAAUGCCUGGUGGCCUUAAUAGUUCCGUCAUUCUUACCAGCCUCGACUACAACAACUACACAGGUAAGCUGCUUUCUUACCUAGAGCCAGUCCUCCUGAGUUCAGAGUGGAGCAGGUUUGUGAAGUGGAGCAGGUUUGUGAAAUGUUGGCACGCUAAGACAGACGGCUGGGCGGCAUCGACAUUCCACAGCAACUGUGAUGGGAGGGGACCCACAGUGACAAUCAUCAAAGUGAACGAUUACAUAUUUGGUGGAUAUACUGAUGUGUCCUGGAGCGGAGCUGGUUCUUGUGCGGGUUUUUCUUACGCCAGUAAAGCUUUCAUCUUCUCUCUCUAUAACGUCAAAGGAUAUAAUCCCGUAAAGUUGACACAAUACCGAAAUCAGCAAUAUGCAGUAAACAGAUGUAAUACGCGUGGACCCACCUUUGGCGGGGGGUGUAGUUGUGAUAUCUACAUAUCCGACGACUCUGGAAACAACCAAAACUCCUACACCAGAUGCGGUUGCACGUACACGACACCCUCAGGAUACUCAACUGGUAACUGUGGUUUUUUUACAGGGGGGUCUAAUUUCUCUCCAACGGACGUCGAAGUAUUCUAUGAAGCAGGCCUCGGUUUGUCCGCCAUACUUCGAAGUCUUGAUUACAACCAGUACUUGAAGGUACUGUUUUCGUAUUUGGACCCAGUCCUUAUCAAUAAAGAACGUAGUAGGUUUGUGAGGUGUUGGCACGCAAAGACGGACGGUUGGGCAGCAUCAACAUUCCACAGUAACUGCGAUGGGAGGGGACCCACAGUGACUAUCAUCAAAGUUAACAGUUAUAUCUUUGGUGGAUACACUGACGUGUCCUGGACCAGUGGUUCCUGUGCUUAUUCUUCAGCCAGCAAAGCGUUUGUUUUCUCUCUUUACAACGUCAAAGGAUACAAUCCUGUGAAGCUGACACAAUACCAAAACCAGCAAUACGCAAUGUACAGAUGUUCCUCUCACGGACCCACUUUUGGCUCGGGACAUGACAUCCGCAUAUAUGACGACGCUGUAAACAAUCAGCACUGUUAUACUAGAUGCGGUGGCACGUACUCCAACCCCACGGGCUAUUCAGCUGGAGAUUGUAAAUUUUUCACAGGAGCAUCGAAUUUCACUCCAUCUGACAUCGAAGUUUUCUUCGAAAUAACAAACUAAACACUUAAAACUGUGCUGUCUAAGUAAGUAUUGUAACAAUAGAGUUAGUGUCUCCUCACACAAGGCCCAACAGAACUUGCCCUGUAUUCUCU